CUUCCUGUCAGCUGACUCAUACAGGUGCUGCCGACAACAUGGCCACCAACGGGACUCCUCAGGGCUGCGGCGCCCACCUGGACUCGCUCUACUACGACCUGUGUGACCUGAGCGCAGCGUGGGGCGUGGUGCUGGAGGCCCUGGCUGCCGCCGGACUCGUCUUCUGCUUCGUGCUCUUCGUCUCGCUGCUGGCCAGCCUGCCGUUCGUCCAACACCCGAACCACAGGAGCGCCGUGCCGGUCCAGGCCAGCUUCCUGUUCUGCACGGCGGGCCUCUUCGGCCUGACGUUCGCCUUCAUCGUGGGGAAGGACUUCGCCACCUGCGCCUCGCGGCGCUUCCUCUUCGGGGUUCUGUUCGCCGGCUGCUUCUCCUGCCUCCUGGCGCAGUGCGUGAGGCUCAACGUCCUGGUGAGGAGGAACUGCAGCCCGCGGGCCGGGGUCCUCUUCGUGGGCGCGGUGGGGCUGUGGCUGGUGGAGGUGCUCAUCAACACCGAGUGGUUGAUCAUCACAGUCGUGCGUCACCCGCUGGGACCGCUCAACGCCACGGCGGAACCCGUCAGAGCCACGGCCACGCCCUGCAACAUCGCCAACCAGGACUUCGUCAUGGCGCUGAUCUACGUGAUGGUCCUGAUCCUCGCCGUGGUCCUGGGGAGUCUGACCGUCAUGGGGGGCAAGUUCUCUGAGUGGAAAACUGAAGGCGCUCUGAUACUCGUGACCGGUGUUCUCUCCGUGGCCGUCUGGGUGGCGUGGAUCGUCAUGUACGUGUACGGGAACGAGCGGACGGGGGGCCCGAGGUGGGACGACCCCACGCUGGCCAUCGCCCUGGUGGCGAACGCCUGGGUGUUCAUCUUCUUCUACACCAUCCCUCACAUCUGCUGCUUGAACAGUGACGAGGAGGAGGAGCAGCGCGGGGGGGACAACUCGCACGGCACCCAGGGAGUCGGCUACGAGACGAUCCUGAAGGAGCGCGGCGCUCAGAGGAUGUUCAUGGAAAACAAGGCCUUCUCCCUGGACGAGCCCAGCAACGGAAACAAGCUCGUGUCUCCGUACAGCAACUACACGGGUCAGAUGCGGGCUUCGGUCUACCAACCCACCGAGCUCGCGCUCAUCUCCAAACCUGCAGGAAGUGUGAGGAAAAUGUUCCCGACACACACUUCUGAAUAAAUCACACACACACACAC